UUUAAUUGAAGAAGAAAACAGCACAGAAAAAAAUAAAAUAAAAAAUAAAAAAUCCUUUCUGUUCUCUUCUCAACUUCCAUCGUCAAUGGCGGUUUCGGGGUUGAGAAGCGGUGGUUUACCUCUCAUCCACCACCACCACCACAACCUUCGCUUCCCUCCUUCCUUCGCGAAACUCAAUUUUCUUCGCUCCAGCUCGAAGAAGAAGGGUUUCACUCUCUUCGCACGCUAUGCGCAAGCGCGAGACCUUUUCUCCUCGCGUCGAUUCCAAGAUGGCAUGGAGGAGCUGCCGAAGCUGGUGGAGGACAUUGUGCAGACAUCCUUAAACACUGGUCCCAGGGGUGUUCUUAGGUUGGCGCAAGGUGUUCAGGCCUUCAUUGGCGUUGGUCAAGAGUGGUUAACUGAUGUUUCUAAGUCAACAAAUUCAUCUGCUGGGUUACCAACUGAAAUGCAGCUUGGCUUACUCUCCCCCUUUUAUUUGAGGAGGUUGUUUGAGCGCAUGGGUGCAACCUAUAUCAAAUUGGGUCAGUUCAUAGCUUCAGCACCAACACUGUUUCCACCUGAGUAUGUACAAGAGUUCCAAAAUUGUUUCGAUAGAGCCCCUCCUGUUCCUUUUGAGGAAAUUGAAUCUAUAUUGCGUAAGGAACUAGGAAAACCAUUAGAAAGUGUUUAUGAAUACAUUGACCCAACACCCAUUGCUUCUGCUUCUAUAGCUCAGGUUCAUGGUGCAAGGCUAAAAGGCUCCCGGGAGGAUGUGGUUAUAAAGGUCUUAAAACCAGGAAUAGAGGACAUAUUAGUGGCAGAUCUUAAUUUUGUUUAUGUCGUUGCUCGGAUAUUGGAGUUUUUGAGUCCUGAAAUAGGCCGAGCAUCACUAGUUGGUAUUGUCCAAGAUAUACGCGAGUCCAUGCUUGAAGAAGUUGACUUUUACAAGGAGGCUGCAAAUAUUGAGGCUUUCAGGAGAUAUUUAGAAGCAAUGGGACUCACAGGGGAUGCAACAGCUCCAAAAGUGUAUCAAUACUGCAGUACACGCAAAGUUUUAACUAUGCAAAGACUAUAUGGAGUUCCUCUUACUGACCUAGACUCCAUAAGUUCAUUAGUUUCUAAUCCAGAAACCAGCCUUAUAACUGCUCUCAAUGUGUGGUUUGGAAGUUUGCUUGCAUGUGAAUCUUUUCAUGCAGAUGUACAUGCAGGAAAUCUAUGGCUUCUACGUGAUGGCCGUAUUGGUUUUCUUGACUUCGGAAUUGUUGGUCGCAUAUCCCCCAAAACAUGGGCUGCUAUGGAAGUUUUCUUAGGAUCAAUUGCCAUUGAAGAUUAUGACUCAAUGGCAUCUGCCUUAAUUGAGAUGGGUGCUACAAACAAGGAUGUUGAUGCUAAGGCCUUUGCCAGAGAUUUGGAAAAAGUAUUUGCAUCAAUUAAGGAGUUGGACACCGAAAUAGUUGUAGCAACCACUAGUGGAACAGACACAAAUGCAACUGCCGUUGCUGCUAAUAUAGUUGUUGAUGAAAGGCAGAUGAAUGCACUCUUUCUUGAUGUGGUUCGGGUUAGUGAAUCUUAUGGACUAAAAUUUCCUCGAGAAUUUGCCCUUCUCCUGAAACAGCUCUUGUACUUUGACCGGUACACACGAUUGUUGGCUCCCAAUUUGAACAUGCUUCGGGAUCAGAGGAUUUCUAUUGCCUCCAAUAGAAGAAGCAGGUAUAGAGACAAUUUUUAAUGAGUUGAUACACAACACAAAAUCUAGAUGUAUCCCAUUAUAGUUCAAAAGAUUUUAGUUGUAUUAUUACUUUGGUAUAUAAAUAAAAUAAUCCAUAGUUAUCAUGUGAGAGCCUAGCUCAUUUAGUUGGGAUAUUCAUUUACAAGUUCUUGGGAUGGAAUUCAACAUCCUUAAUAGAAAUUAUAGAAUACAAUCCUUAUUGCUCUCCCUCCUCUUCUCCCUGAAAAAAGAAUCAGUACUUCAAGAAUGUGUAUUCCUUCCAUUGAAUUCUAUAACCAUCACACUUGCUA